AUGGAAUCUGCAACUUCAAGACCACCAAGGAAAGGUAAGCUUCUAACAAAGACUCCUUGCCCCAUUCACCGACUUGGAGAUACAACUGAAGAGAUUAGACAUGUAGACUACGAACUUGUGGAUGGAAAUUUCGUAAGACACUACAUACACGAUGAUAUUAACCCAAUAGGAGUUUCAUGUUUUACACCUUUGGGCGAACCCCCUCAUAAAAAUCCUAUUAGUGAUCAAAUUGACUGCUACUUUCUUCCCAAGGAUACUCUCCUACCUCAAGGAUUAGCUAUUAUUUUCACCCACAAGACUAGACUUCGAUUUCCUACGUGUUGUCAAAAAGGAUGGCACUUUUGUAUAGUACCAACGAUGCAAAUGACAUUAGCAGAGUACGGAGAUGCAAUAAAAAAUCUUAAUUGGAAUCUAUGUGAAAUUAAGGCCAAUGCAGAGUUAAAGGAAUUAGUCCAUAAAGAUGAUGACUUGAGGGGCGUGCGAGAUUUCCUAAUAACUGAGAUAUACUUACUUAUCGAACUCUGGUACAAACAGACGACAGACGCCAUGGAACGUCUCUAUGCUAACGAUAUUCAUACAUGGAUCGCAUUAAAAAAGCCAACCCUUAAAGAACUUAUCCGUGAUAAACCACGUGCAUACAUUAUAUUCCAUGCCAUUUCUUACUUGAAUGCAACAUCGGUAACCCAAAAAACAUACAAAUAUGAUAUUUUGGGUGUACUUAGAGACGCAUUCGGAUGGAAAGUCAAAGAGUUCGGUGAUGAACCAAAUAUAGGAAGUUUAGCAGAAACGUUUGAUACUAUGCAUCUGGAUGAUAAAGGAAAAGCUCCAGAUGAAAGCGCAGAUAAAUAUCUUCGGGACGCAUGUGAUGCUGAAGUUAUUAGAGUAAAUGAUGAGUUAUGGAUAUUAAAAGAUUAUGAAUUAAAAGACGGGAAAAAGUAUAAAAAACAAGUUAAUAUUGGAUGUAGGGUAACUAAUAUUAAUGAUGGCAAAUUAACCAUUGCUCUUAUUGAUCAUGAAGAAAAACAAAAUAUAAUUUCUUCGUUAAAUAAGCUUGAAGAGUGGUUGCUUGAUGAGUUUAAGUUAGAUAAAGAAUACAGACCUAAAGAUUAUCAUAAUUGCACCGCUAACAUUUUAAUUAAACGUGAAGGGAAAUUCCUAGGGAACAUUAGAGAAUGUAAGAAAUUAAAAAAUAACUAUAUGCCUCAAACUUAUAUCGAAAUUCCACCUAAAUAUUAA